AUGGCAGCGGACAAGUUACCUGACGCCCUCCUGCAGGAGGUGAGGAAUGUCCUGGCCACAGAGUGCAGAGAGAUGGUUAUGUGUGAAAAAGCUACAGGAGAGAACGUUGCUGGACAACACAAUAUGAUGUCGAAAGUUUUUCAUGGAUCUGCUGGGUACGCUUCUGUUGUGGACAAAUUACUGGAUGGCAAAGGGCCAUAUGCAUCAGUAUUCAACAAGCUCCCUAUAGAGAACAACCGUGAAGGAAAUGACGAACGUCCCAGUGGACACAUGCUGGUAAUGAAGGAUAUUGUCAGCUGCAACGAAGGCGCCAAGUAUGUUGCCCAAGAAAGGGGUUUUAACAAAGAAGCUAUUACAAAGAAUGGCGAAAAGAAACUUGAAGGGCGUAACAUCGGAGAACGUGCAAUCACUUCUACUGCCAACUACAAGUUCGCUUUGAAAUACUGUGACGAAUAUUGCCAGGAUGGAAAGCUUCCCUCUGGAAAGUCGCUGGAUGACAUGGUUCUCUAUGUUCGCCAAAAGAUGUAUGUUCACCUGAGAGGUGGGAAGAACAAUCGUACAAGCAACCGAAGAGCAGCAGGCAGUGACAAGCCUGCAAAGGAAUUCGUGGAAGAGGAUAUGCCGGCAAAGUACAUGUUUAAUGGCUACCUGGUGUUUCUUUUGUACGGUCCUUUGGGCUUGUGUGGUAUCACCCUCAGCUGUCUUUCGAAAGAUGGAAGUGAUAUUAAGAAGAAAGGUAGAGCAGCUGCAAGGACCAGGAAAUGGAAGUGA